GCAUCGCUAAGAAAGUUGACACUCCUGGAUAUGGCAGCUCUGAAUGGAGUUACCUUCCUGAUAUGGGCUGUCAGCAGUGCCCUGGUCCGAGCAGCAGAAUCAGACCCAAAGUGUUCUUACAGAGUUGAAACGGUCCAGUUUGGUCUCCUGAUGAAGAUAACAUAUUUUACUCCUCAUAACUACACCAUAGACGUUGCUGAGAAGGAAGGUCGAUUUAAAAGGAGAUCCACUGUUUCUUUCUCCAAUGAAAACUCAACUCAUGAAAUCAAACCUCUGAAGCCGUGCACCGAAUAUGAGCUAAUCGUCACUCUGAUUCCCACUAAUGGUACAGAAAUAACCUGUAAAAAAACUGAUAAUAAAACAACAAUAACAACAACUGGAAUGAGUGAACAAGACAUUAAAAAAGCCUCCUGUCCUUCUGGAUAUUUGUGCUACCAAAGUGGUUGGAACAUCAGCUCUUUAGUAUCAAAACACAACAAGGUUUCAGCUGCAGAGUUCAUCAAUGGAUCGUAUCGUUUCAAACCUGCUUAUGAGGACAUUUGCACUGAUUUUGUUUUGAAGUUCCCUGAUAAAAACUGCAACAUUUCCUUGAACUCCUCUGAAUAUGUUCCUGUUGAUUUCAUUGAUCCAAAUGACAUAAAUCAGACUGCACCCACUGAACUUCCUGCAAAGAUAGAAACAAAGUUUCCUUCAAACUGUAAAAAUCUCAGUGUUGAGUACAAAUGUUCAGGAAAGGACAAUAACUCUGUUGAACCUUCUGACAUGAAGCCGUUCACAGACUACAGCUGUACUGGUCACAUCAAGAACAACGGUGUCUUCAUAAAUAAGACCACUCCACCUGUCCAGUUCAACAUUAACUGUGAUUAUGCUACAGAUGAAGGAAGGAUGAUGAAUCUUCUUGAUGGAGGAAGGUGUGAAAUAAAAAACCUUAAACCAUACGAGGAUUACAUCUGUGAAGUCCGUCCCAUCUAUGGUGAUCGACGUGAUUUCAAAGGGGAAACAUUUAAAGAGAAGACCCAGCCUGGAAACAACUACAAGCUCCGAUUUGGCCUCUUGAUCUUCUAUAUCAUCAUCAUAGCAGCAGCACACUGUGUGGCAUUCUUCAUCAGGAGGACAUCCAGAAUGUAA